AUACCACCUCUCUGUUGGAUGAGCAUGCAGAGCAAGUAGCUUCAGGUUGGUUGGGCUUCUGUUGCUUUGACUGGGCUGCAUGCUUUGGCACACAGAAAUGGCUUGUGGAGUUUGUUUGGGGAUCUUGCUGGUUUUAGUUAAAGCAGAGCAUGUAUGCUGUUCAAGUGCUACGGAAGCUCAGCAACACGGCAACACAUAUGUUGGCUUCGUGCAGCAGGGUGGGAGGUUACGAACAUUUGGCGUCGGUCAUCCCCAGAAUGGAUUCAGACAGGCCUCAGUCCAGAGAAGUAGCCUCAACACGGAGACCCCGGUUAACGGUGGUUAUCAUCAUGGACAUUCCACUAGUAGCUACACGCAAACUAUGUCACAACCAGCCCAGAGUUUAGUGAGAAUAGUGCAGAGCAACUUGUUGUCACAACCUAAUUGGCAAUUGACGGACUUGGAAUGGGUUAAAUCUCAAAAGCCAGGGCCUGACGUUUCUACAGUAGUAAGUGGAGGUUCUUUAAGUAAGGGCAUUCAAAAGCAAAGUGACCUUACUGUUCUGGACCAGGAAAGCACUGUGCGAGUCCAGAAGGGUACACCGCGUACUAGCAAGUAUCUGAGCAGCUCUGUUUCUAUUCAGAGUCCUUCUAGGGAAGGAUACUUCAUCUUAUCCUCCAUCCAACAGCCUGUUUCUCAGAAACCUGUGCCUGCCUACAGUGGGCAGGGAGGCUGGUCCUCUAUGAAGUCUUCCACUCUGUUCGAUGCAGAUGCUCCUGCAUCACAGAGCCACUCCGCAACAUCAGCUAGAGCCCCUGGUAGAAGAGCGUCUCCUCGUACCUCUAAACCCAUAAGCAGAAAAAAACCCAAGCAGGCUGGAAGCGUCUACAAGAGUAGAUUAUUUCCUGUGACUGAAGAAUACACCCAACACGAGUACCAGCCGUCUCCCACUUCCAACGCGGUGUCAAGUCCAGCCUACAACCAAAACGGUUUUAAGCCACGCAGUCUGGUGGUUCCCUCUAAACGGGUGCAGAGCUACAAAUCUAGCUACGCUCCUGUUGAGCAGAACCCGAGUGGUACAAGAGAGAAAUAUGCCCCAACCAGGACCUACAACAUCCCUGAACACUUGGGCGGCUUUGCGAUCAGGCGGUUAAAGGAGCCCAUCAACCAGAGGGAAGCGGGCGUCCAGACACCAGAUCAGAGCUCCACGUCUUGGCAGCAGAUGGGAUCUUAUGAGCCACAAGGCCAGACUUCAUCAGGGAAACUAGCAAGUGCAGACAAUGUCUACGGAUGAAUAGUGUUUUGAAAUAAAUUUAAUAAUUUAGA